UGUUAGGAUUAAAAUUUGAAAAAUAUUUUUGAAAAUUUCAAUGCACAAUAACAAAUUUUAAUGAAGCGUAUAAAAGGAAGAGAAAGAAGUGAAUGGUAGGAUCUGUUGUUGUGUUGGGUAAGGUAAGCAUGUUCCGUUCAUUGCUCCGCCGCCCGUUUUCGACGACGUCGGCGAGGGCGUUGAAGCACUGCGAGAACCACGAGUUUCUCUCUAAGAACUCGUUCCUGGGAAGCUGGGAUGCGCCACGGGACCCCAAGGAGGCGGAGGCGAAGCUAACGCGUCUUCGAAGAGAAUACGCAUUGCAAGUGAAGGAGGUUCGGAAGGAAUACAUAAGAGAGAUGGAGGCCAUGAAGAUUGAGAAGGAGCGCAAGGACGAGGCUCGCAGGGAAGCACUCAGAGUCGCCAACGAAGAGCGCAAGAAGCUCAAGGCUCAAGCCGCGCAGCUCAGAGCGCAGGAACGCGACAUCGAACGACAACAGUUUCGAGAAACCCUAUUAAAAGAAAGAGCAGAGAAACUUGAAAACUGGAAGAUGAAAGUCAAAAUGCAUGAAGAGAAGAAGGCUGAGAAGAAAGAGUUUCUGCACCGACAAAGUUCGGCGUGGAUUGAAGAAGGCAAUCUUGAGAAAAAAGUUGUGGAAGCUAUGGUUGAAAUAAUGCAUCUUUGAGCUCCUUGCAGUUCUACAUUUGUAUUGGUUGAGGGCUGUGUUAUCUAGUUAGUAGAAUUUGGUCCUAUGUUUGAAACUGCCUCAUAAAAAUAGUUCUUGCAUUUAGAGAAUCACAUUCCUGCUUUAGCCCAUAGAAUACGUUGGGUGUAUUCACUGUUUUGCUUUUGGGAUCAAGUUUUUUACUUGGCAUGAGAAUAUUAAAAAAGAUUGAUAUUUGAAUCCAAUAGCUAAUAAGUGUCAAUUGGCUUUAUCUACAA